GAACCCCGAUAACAGGGGGAAAAAAGUAUGACACGUGGCAGCAGCUGGUUAUCAUAUAAUCUCAUCUUAGACGGUUUCCAUGGUGUAUCCCUUCUUGUCUUUGAGGCUUUCAGCAAAACCAGCUCAGCAGCUCCCAAGGCAAUAGCCAUGAGUUUCAUGGCCGUCUCUUUCUCUUCACUCCUCUCUAUCCCUCCACCUCCCCAUUCCCUCAUUCCACUUCGCCUUGCUUCUUGCCAUCGUUUUCCCACUUUCACUCCCGGACCAAGAAUACAAAUCCAAUGCGCCACCAAAGACAACAAGGAAGCAACUCCACCCGCUGCAGCAUCGAUGGGGAGCUUCGAUCCCAAGAAAGGAGUGGCGCUUUACAAGCCUAAGUCAUACGAUGUUCUCGUAACCGAUGCCGCUAAGUCCCUUGCUUAUGCUAUUCAAGAUGGCAAAACCCGUCUCGAGAUUGAUUUCCCGCCCUUGCCAAGCAACAUUUCUUCAUAUAAGGGAUCUUCAGAUGAGUUCAUUGAUGCCAACAUUCAACUUGCCUUGGCCGUUGUCAGGAAACUUCAACAGAAAAUGGAAACCCGGGCUUGCAUAGUGUUUCCUGAUAAGCCAGAAAAGCGGAGGGCCUCUGAGCUUUUCAAAGCAGCUCUUGACUCGAUUGAUGGUAUAUCUAUAGGCUCCCUCGAUGAUGUCCCUAGUGAUGCUGUAACCUCAUUCUUCAAAUCUAUCAAGAACACUCUGGAUUUUGAUUUUGUAGAUGAAAAUGAAGGUCGUUGGGAACCAAAGGAGCCACCAACUCUUUAUAUAUUUAUUAAUUGUAGCACACGUGAACUUUCUGUUAUAGAGAAGUAUGUGGAGAAAUAUGCCCCAUCAACCCCAACACUUCUAUUCAAUCUUGAACUUGAUACUUUGCGUGCUGAUUUGGGUCUUUUGGGAUUUCCUACCAAAGAUUUGCACUAUCGAUUUCUUUCACAGUUCGUCCCAGUGUUCUAUAUACGAAUCAGGGAGUACUCCAAGACAGUAGCUGUUGCACCUUUUGUGGUGAAUUACAGUGGAGCACUAUUUCGCCAGUAUCCUGGACCUUGGCAGGUGAUGCUUAAGCAAGCAGAUGGUUCUUAUGCUUGUGUAGCUGAGAGUUCAACUCGUUUCACUCUAGGAGAGACCAAGGAAGAAUUGCUGCGGGUCCUCGGAUUGCAAGAGGAACAAGGAAGUCAACUAGAAUUUCUUCGUAGAGGCUACAAGACUUCUACUUGGUGGGAAGAGGAAGUUGAAUUGGAGGUAUCUUCUGCGUGGCGUAGUUGAGUAGCUGAAUGACAGUUAAACACAAUGAUACAUCUUGCGCAUAGAUGCUGGAAUUUGAUGAUGCACGGAACAAAUUUUCCUUGUAGAUUUCUUUCAAACUUUUUUUUUUUACAUUUCCAUUUAACCAAGCCCCUCUUUACACAAAUCAAAGUAAUAUAGAACGUGUUUUUUGCAAUCUCCUUGAUUCAGACAGUAAUGAGGAAGAAAAGUAAAAUUCAAGGUUGUUCAUAUUGCUUGUUGAUAAACCUUGGUUUAUGUAAUGCUAAAUUUGAUUUUUUUUUCCCUAAUGAAACAACCUUUUAUGCCAUAAA